CAAUCUGCCAUUUUGAUUAAAACCAGCUUCCUGCAAAGUCAUCACGCUCCCAGUAAAAAAUCCCUCAUUCCUCAUUCGCUUAGCUACAGAUUUGUAAAGAAAAGACAUAAUGCCCGGAAUUAAUGUCAAGGAUGUUGAUCAGGCAGUUGUCACCAAUGCGGUGGCUGCUUAUCUAAAGAAAAAGGGAAAGCUCUGUGUGCCCGACCAAAUGGAGUACAUCAAGACGGCCAAGUUUAAGGAGAUUGCGCCUGAGAAUCCGGAUUGGUUCUACAUUCGUUGCGCCUCGAUAAUGCGUCAUCUUUACCAUCGCAGUCCAGUCGGAGUGGCAGCUUUAACAAAAGUGUACGGCGGGCGCAAGCGCAACGGAGUGCAGCCCUCGAAAUAUUGUCGUGCCUCCGAUGGAUGCAUUCGCAAGGCUUUGCAAGCUUUGGAGAAGAUACGCUUGGUUGAGCGUCAUCCCGAUGGCGGACGCAAACUGUCGGCCAUAGGACAGCGUGACAUGGAUCGAAUUGCCUAUCAGAUUGUUACCAAGCAGCGUGAACAGGAGCACGCAGCUGACACCCUAAUUAUAUCCGAUUAAAAUGACAGAAUUUCGUAAAUUGCAAAUAAAUGUAAUAUUGUCUAUA